UCAUUGCCAAGAUCGAAACGGAAGAGCCAUUCACGCACAAGGUCACGUUGGAUCAUAACGUAAACACGCAAAUCCGAGACAGUAAACACGUAGUCAUCACAUACUAAGGCGGAUGUUGGAGACGUGAAGGAAAUAAAUAAAACUUGCAGUUGGAAUCAAAAGUAUUGAAGAAUUUGCAACAGCAGAUUACCACAAGUACCAAAUUUGAAAAUCUGACCAUUCAAUAUCUUUUUAACAUUAAUGGAUCAAAUGAAUGAUAAUUUCUUGCUCCACCAGACCAGAUACAUUGCUGACCAUAAUACUGAGAACUGGGUAUGGGAUCAAUUCAACAAGUCACCUGAAGUUCAACUUUCCCCUGACCUGGAAAGUGCAUACUUCCACAUUGACCCUGUGUACCACAGUACUGGCACUGCAGGUGUGAGAGGCACCAAAGGGUUUACUGAAGGUGAACACUAUUGGGAGGUGACAUUCCUUGAACCCCCUAAUGGGACCUCGGUCAUGAUUGGUGUUGGGACAGAGAAAGCUGGACUACACACAGACAACUACAGAUAUGUAGAUCUACUUGGUAUUGAUAAUGAAAGUUGGGGUCUUUCAUACCGUGGUGAUUUGUGGCAUGAUGGCUUGUGUCACGAGUUCUGUGCCCCAGUGUUCCACCGAGCUGUCAUUGGGUGUCUCUUGAAUCUUUAUAAAGGGACCUUGACUUAUUAUCAGGAUGGACAAGAACUUGGUGUGGCAUUCACCGGUCUGAACAAUCUGAGCAUGCCUUUGUAUCCAAUGGUAAGCUCAACUGCAACAGAAACUGAACUGGGACUUGGCAAGAGAACAUGCCGUUACUUGUCUCUGCAGGAGAAGUGCUUUCAGGCCAUCAAAAACAGUCUUCGGUGUAGCUCUGAGGAGGAGGUUGAUAACUUACCUUUGCCAAAGAGAAUGAAAACCUACAUCAAGGAAUUCUAAAAUCACAACACAUUAAUCAAUUCAUGUCAAAAUGUUCUGAUCUUCUGAUAUAUUGUAUCAGCAUAUGAAUCCGAACUCAGCAAUAUCAUUCAAUAUCAGCCAUGUUUUCCAUUCAUAGAAAUUCAUGAUAGUGACAGCAUUAUUUUUUUUAUUUCAGAUUUUGUUUUUGGUUGAACAUGUUGAUCGAUGAAAUGACAGCAGCUUUUUUUUUUUAAUGGAGAAUAGUUAGAUUAUUUACAUAUUAUCUGUGAGGCAUUUAAGGUUUAUUGACCAGUAUUCCAUUACAUUGUAUACGGAAUAUUAUUAUCCUUUUGCCAUGAAAUUGUAUACAUAUAUAAAUUAUUCAGGGAUAAUAACCUCUGUCAAUACAUUCUGUUUUUAACGAAACCCUUUAUAACCUGGAAACCUCUAUAAUUAGACAUUUAUCUAAAUCCAGCUUCGAUAUACCUAUAACACACUAUACCUAUAUAAUGGAAUGUGUAUCAUCUGAAAACCUGUCUAUACUGACCACAGUCUAGUCGAGUUUUCAUGUACAUUAUAUAUAUAUUCUUAUAUUAUUAUAUCCUUACAGUAAGACUAACAAAAAAUACUGUUGUUUAUAAUCUGAUAAUCAUGAAAUUGUACAGAGAGUGGAAUCUUGUUGUUUAGAAUAUAAUUAUGAAUUGCAUAUUUAGAAUCUAAGUUUUAAAAAAAUAUUUGUGAAUUGAUAAAGAAUAUUCUGAUAUGAUUUAACCGCUUUUCCAGUCUGGUGAUGUACAUGACAUAAUGUUAUAAAACAGGAAUUUUUUCGCAAAAUCAUGCACCGUACUAAUUGAUUAAGAAUGUCCAGGGAAGCAUUAAAUUUAGAGUCUUUAUGAUAAUUAGAGGGAAAUUGAAAGGAAAGCUUGUCUUAAGUAAAUGGCACUUACUCUAGGUGAUGCAUUGUUUUAUUUUCAGUUCCAUACAAUCAUUAUAUUUGUAAGUAGUCAUUAAUUUAAUUUAAUUUUCGAAGAUAAUUAUUUGCUAUAUAUUAUAUACAUAUAAUUAAAUAGUAAACUUGAACUAACUAGUCAUUAUAAUAGCAAUGCAUUUCAAAUAAACGAUACAUGUAUCUUCAUGUACAUUGAAUAAAUACAAAAAACCGAUAUAACAGUUAUGGAAUGUAGAUAAUUAGUUAUGAUAUAUACGGGUAUCCUGUAGAAAACUUUAAAAUCAGCAUUGAUUAUCAAGUUUCAAGUUUACAUGCAUUGCAAGUCUAAAAAUGUGUGUUUCAAGUUUCACUGAACACAAUAGAUAUUUCAAGGUGCAUAUUAUCAUUGAUAUUGUUAAAAACUGAUAACAUCACUCCAGGCCUUUUGUUAUUAGAGUUUCCUUCACCACUUCUAUCGCCAAUUGAUGAAAAAUCUGAUAGUUUAAAGUAGAGUUUGAGCUACAUUGAGGGAAACCAAAAGUAAUUCAUAACUAGAUUUUCAGAAGCCUUCAUACUAUGUGUUCAGUUUACACCUGAUUGACAUUUAACAAUUUCAAACAUCAAAUAAAUGUUGGAUGGUAAUUGAACUGCUGCAACCAAAGCACAAACUUGUGUUACUUUUAUAUAAUCUAACGGUUAUUUUUCCUAUUCUGGCUCUAGACAGCAAUGAUCAGGAAACUUGAAGCUCACAUGAUAGGGCUCAGUAGACAGUGUAGUACAUACAGGGCUCAGUAGACAGUGUAGUACAUACACCUUAAUUGACUUCCCCAAGACAUAACAUUGAUUAUAGUACAGCAUCUGUUUGUUUCAGAAACCUGGCUUUGAAUUGUUGUUUUGUGAAAAUAGGUGGUGUCACAAUAGUUUAAUGACUUGUGGUCUUGUAAAGUAAAAUAUUUAUCCAACAAUAAGUUUGUGCCCACCAAUGUCUUAUUUGCUUUGAAAUUGAUAAA